AUGCCCGCCAACUUUGUCCCGCUUACCAACAGCAUCCUCGCCGCCAUGGCGGCCCGCGGCGUGUCGCGCGGCGACAUCGCCGCCACGCUGCAGAGGAUGGGCGGCGAGGUCCCCGGCGGCACGGCGCGCAUGCUGCGCGCGGCGCGCGCUCGGGGGGUGGACUUGGUCGUGGUCUCCGACUGCAACUCGGUCUUCAUCAGCCACGUGCUCGCUUCUGCUCGGCUGCUCGGCUGCGUCUCGAAAAUCAUCACAAACCCCGCCGCGUUCGUCGCCGACGGCGGCGCCGCCGACGCCGAGCAAGCAGCGCCGCAGCGCGAGCAGCGCAGCAGGCUACUCAUCGCACCGCGCCGCGCGGCGCCGCACGGCUGCCCCCGCUGCCCCGAAAACCUCUGCAAGGGUGAGGAGCUGCAGGCGGUGCUCGCCGCGGGCGGCUUCGCGCGCGUGGUUUAUGGCGGCGACGGCGCCAACGACAUCUGCCCGGCGCUGCAGCUGCGGGAGGGGGAUAUGCUGCUCGCGCGCCGGGGGUGCUCGCUCUCGGAGUUUGUGACCGCGCCCCAUGGCGCCGCGGCGGCCGCGGGCGAGGGCGCGGGCGCGGGCGAGGGCGAGGCGCGGCUGCGCGCGGAGGUGCAGCUGUGGGAGACGCACGACGAGCUGGCGGCGCUUGUGGAGAAGCUGACGAGCAGCUGCGGCGGCUUGGCUGACGGGGGCCAGGAUGGUGGAGCUAGCGCGGUCGUGUCGACGGGGCUUGACGCGGCAGUAGCGGCAGCGGCGUGCUGA